AUGUGCUUCCUCACCCGUGGGCUGGCACUGCUGCUGGCUGUGCUGCUGUGGCGGGCGCUGCAUGGGGCACCACUGACCGAGCUCUCAGGGGACCAGGACUUCCAGCUCUUCCUGCAGAGGAACCUCGAGUUCACCCGCAAGAUCCGUGGGGACGUGGCUGCGCUGCAGCGCGUGGUGUGUGACACCCUCCAGCUGUGCAAGGAGGACGAGCUGCAGCUGGUGCGGCAGGACGUGGACAUCGCACAGGCGCCGCUGGAGCAGUGUCACCGCCGCACCUUCCAGGCAGAGACCUGCUUCAGCCAGAUCCGAGCCGGGCUCCGCAUCUACCACGGCUCCCUGGCCACCCUCCGAGCCCUGCUGCCCGGGCACGCUGGGCUGGUGGAGACCCUGCAGCUGGACAUGGCCAACCUGUCCUCCAACAUCCAGCAGCAGAUGGAGGACCUGGGCUUGGCCACGGUGACGUACCCCACAGAGAACCAGGACCCCGUCCCCACCUUCUCCUCCCACUUCCACCACCAAGUGGGCGGCUUCUUCAUCCUGGCCAACUUCCAGCGGUUCCUGGAGACGGCGUACCGGGCACUGCGGCACCUCACCAGCCUCUGA